CUCCCCCCACUGUCCCUGGAUACUAUGGGCGGGACUGGGUCUGGAAAUAAGAUUCCAGGGCAGAGAUUUCAUGCUCUGAAAAUCCAGGCAUAACAAUCCCUGCACAAAAUUCUGUUCUCUGCCAUCAGAUACAUCAAACUUCCUAUAGAGCAAAUCAGCGCUGGUGGAUCUGCCUGUGAGCAGUUUGAGGAGAACUGCUGAACUACUGACAGAACCUAAUAAGUGUUACAUCAUGUGGGUGUUAAACCUGGCCACCCUGCUCCUCCUGGCCUCUUCAGCCUCAGCUGCCACAUCCGCAUCAGCAGACAAGGUCCUCAGCAACCAUGCCACCAUCCUGGCUGACAACAGUGCCACCCUGGCUUUCAGUCUCUACCAAAACAUGGCCAAGGAGAAAAACAUGGAAAACAUCCUCAUCUCCCCGGUAGUGGUGGCCUCCUCUCUGGGUCUGGUGGCUCUCGGUGGAAAGGCCUCCACCGCCUCUCAGGUAAAAACCAUUCUGAACGCAGCUAAAGUUAAAGACGAGCAGCUGCACUCCGGCCUGGCAGAGCUGCUGACCGAGGUCAGUGACCCGAAGACCCGCAAUGUCACCUGGAAGAUCAGCAACCGUCUGUACGGACCCAACUCUGUCAAAUUUGUAGAUGAGUUCGUCAAGAGCAGCAAGAAACACUACAACUGUGACCACUCCAAGAUCAACUUCAGAGAUAAGAAGAGCGCUGUGAACUCCAUCAAUGAGUGGGCAGCCAAGUCCACUGAUGGCAAACUGCCUGAGGUCACCAAGGAUGUGGAGAAGACUGAUGGAGCGAUGAUCAUCAAUGCCAUGUUUUUCAAACCUCACUGGGACGAGCAGUUCCAUCAUCAGAUGGUGGACAACCGUGGAUUCAUGGUGUCCCGCGGCUUCACAGUUUCAGUACAGAUGAUGCACCGCACAGGUCUCUAUAGCUUCUAUGAUGACAGCACCAACAAGCUGACCAUCCUGAGCAUGCCUCUAGCUCAUAAGAAGUCCAGUGUGGUGUUCAUCAUGCCCUACAGUGUGGAGCCUCUGGAGAGACUGGAGAAGGUGCUGACCAAGAAGCAGAUGGAUACGUGGAUGGGCAAACUGAAGCAGACAGCAGUAGCUGUGUCUCUGCCCAAAGUCAGCAUGGAAGUCAGUCACAACCUGCAGAAACACCUCGGGAAGCUGGGCCUGACCGAGGCUGUGGACAAAUCCAAAGCAGACUUCUCCAACAUCUCUGGGAAAAAGGACCUCUACUUGUCCAGCGUGUUCCAUGCCUCUGCCCUGGAGUGGGACACUGAAGGGAAUGAAAUUGAUACCAGCAUCUUCGGCACGGACAAGCUAAAAAACCCCAAACUCUUCUACGCUGACCACCCCUUCAUCUUCCUGGUGAAGGACCAGAAGACAAACUCCAUCCUGUUCAUCGGCAGGAUGGUCAGGCCAAAGGGUGAAAAGAUGAGAGAUGAGUUGUGACCAUGUGUUGACUGUAGUGUCUAUAGAUUAAACAUCUGACUGUGAGUGAGUGUAGGCUUUCUACUGCAAUAUGCUUAGAGAAGUGGGGAAUGAAUUUUAGGUUUAAUAUUUUAUACAUUCCUUUGUCCCAACAGCAUUCCACAAAAAGUAGUCUUCAGUUUUAACUCGGAGAAUAUGUGUAUUCUUGUAAUGUAUUGGCGCAUCACAUUAUGGACUGAAGACUUACAUUAAGUAUGAUUUCCUCAAUUUAUGCCUAAAAUGUAAAUGCACAGUUUCAUGAAAGUUGAUCAUCUGUAUGUGCAGGCACAAAAAUGGUCUUGUGAUCAAGUCUUAUCAGUCAUUUGAGGGUCCUUGGUGUUUCUUUGAACAAAAUAGUUUUUAGUUUGUCGAGCUUUGCUGUUUAAGUCCAUUGGUCUUCCCAAAUCAUUUUCCAAUUCUUUCACUUUCUCUUUUACCAAGAGGCUUCUGUGCAGUUUAUCUUGGUAGUGAUUUAUGCUUAAUGCACUGAUCUACACUGGCAAACAAGAGGCAGAUGUAAGCACUGUCUCCGGAGCAGGUGCACACAUGGGUUUUGACUUAAAAAUAAAAUAAAAGUAUGAAAAG